AUGUUAUUAGCACCGGGGCCUCCUACGCCAAUGCACACCGACUAUAAACCUCAUGAAUAUCCGACCUAUCAUAAACCAACACCGUCCAGAUAUUCUCCGCCAGAGUCGCCGACUCGCACCUUGUCAUCCUUCUUUGAGGACUCGAGGAUGAACAACUCUCACCGGGGGUUGCCGUUGCCUGCUGGGUUAAGUCUACCUCCACCGGAUCGUGGUCACUCUACAGCUCCUCUUACUCUGGGUCAUCUACCUGCUCCUCCCUCACAGUGGACCGGACAGGAUGAUUCGAUGCGAAGUUGGCUCCAUGCAAAGGCCGAAGAAGAUCGGCGCAAGCAAGAGGAGGAGAAGACCCGUCAGGAGGGACUACGGCUGGACCAGAGGCGCAUCGAGCAGAAUAUGUUGCGCGAAUCCCUCCAAGGAGGAGUCCCUCCACCAAUGGUACCUCUAAUCUUCGCGGGCAUAGGAGGAGGGAACCUUCCUAGCCAUACGCUGGAAUGGGCCCAGCAAUACCUCGCUACGUUGAGCAUUCAGAACCAGCAACAGCAACAACAAAUCCAAGCUCAACAUCAGCAGCUCCAGCAAAUGUCUCCGGAUACUCAUCGAGACAGUCGAGCGAUACCACCCAAUCCCUAUGGGGAGUCUCAACCUCCGCAGUCUGCUCAACCUUCACAGGGCUCUAUCUCUGCGCAAGGGGGGCCAACGCAUGGCCAGAGCCGUAACUCAAUAUCGUCACAACCACCGGCUACAGCGCUGUCACGGCUGAAUACUACAGAGUUUAUACCUACGUUGACUACAAACCAAUCCCACCGACACUCAUUACACCACCCAUUGCAGCAGACACAGACGGCUGGAGCAGAUCAACCCUCAGGACCGGGGUUGUUCUUCCACCAUUGGACGCCGCCCAAUCCCUCUUCUGCGAGCAACCAGCCGCCGACUCCGUCGGGAAAGAGCCAGCAUGGGUCGCCGUUCUCGCAGAAUGCGGGCUCCCACCUGCGGUCAGACUACCAGAAUUCGCCAAAGAAGCGCAAAGUGGCCCCCGGACAAGCAGUUUCUGCACCAACGUCGGACCCAUUAAACCCCAUGUCAACUCGAUCCUCUCGAGAACGAGACAUGUCUCCGGGACAUCGACAUCGCCCGUCACGACAUUCUCGUCAGAACAGUGAUGUCUCAAUUCGCGAUCAUGACAUGGGUGGUCGUCAUGUUGCUCGCCCUAGCAGUCGACAACAACGCCGGGAUGAACUUAGUGGUGGUGGGCCAGGCCCAAGAAGGCAACUGACUAGCUCCUCUACGAGUGGAUCAAGCGAUGACAAUCCGGGUCGAUAUGAGGGCUUUAAAUCUGAAACGCGGUAG